CGUUUUCUGUGGAUUAGGGUUAGGGGCGGUUUAAGGACUGAAGAACAUCCGGGGCUUAAUACACGCACGCGCACACACGUGACACGCACUAGUCAACAUCAUACAUGUCUUGUACCACAUAAUUUUUAAUCUGAAGCUACGUAUUAAGCAUUUUCAGGGCAGAGUAUUGUUCCUGUUAGUGUUUAGUGUGAGAUGAUAGUAAAUAUUCCAUUUCUUUCUCCAACAACUUUACCUGAUAGUAAGCUAACUUUAGGCAAACCAGCAGCGCAACAAAUAAGACUCACAAACCUGAGUCAACACCAGUCUCAUCAAAGCUGGGGUUCUGUUGCUGUACUUUUGGUCUAAAAAACGUCCUCAUGUCCAUCUUCACUCAUGUAUUUCAGGCAGAGAGUGUAGAAGAAGCCGGCUGCUGAAGGGCUUCUUCUUCAGUGGUGGAGGCUCAGGCAGACUGUAUACAAACUACUGCCAGCUGCUCCCUCUCUGUUGGACUUUGGUACUGCAUAUUACUUCCACGAUUUAGAUCCGGGGCUUCAGCCCAAGUAGCCGGGCCUAACGCCGCCCCUGGGCAAUAGGGAGUUUAAGUGACUUCCUCAUCACGGGUCCCCUGAGGAACAAAAACAUGAAUGCAAGUCAACGGGGCUAAAAACGCUAUUUUCUAAUCCGCUUUGCCUUACGCCCUGGAUCACACAUGUUGUACUACAGUAUAAAUGAAAAGUAACAUGGGUGUUUUGACCAUGCCAGUGACGUACUUUGAGAUUUAUAAGCUUGCAAAAGUUCUUAAUUAGCAUGACUGCAAACCAGAAAUCGGUAAGUCGCAUGUAUGACGUCACCACAUAAUCUCCUCCCCCUAGGUAGCUGCUACUUACCACAUGACCAGAUUUAUGGUGUUUCUUUCCUCCUGUGGGAAGUUUGCUGAACACACAGCCCUUUUCUCUCAGUUUUCUCCGUGUCUGGUUCGAUGACGUCACUUUCGUGAGGCGCAUUUGUAGUCCUGGACUUGUUUUCACACAAAACCUAAAAUAGUGUUUCCCCCGUUAGAAAAUAAGCACGUUCUUGGUAUCAAAAUGUGUUUUUAACCCCUUAGCAUUCCAGCGUGCCGCCCGUGGGACAAAACCCCAUUGUAUUCAUUUAACCUGGAAAUCAAAGGGGUUUAAAUUCAUGGAUGUGAAAUCCAUGGCACAAAACAAGCGGAAUUAGAAAAUAGCAUUUUUAGCCCCAUUGCCUUGAAUUAAUUUUUUUCGUUCUUCCGGGGACUCAGGUGGGUGUGACUUAGGCUCCCUAUAGGGCUUGUGAUCACACGUGAUUACGCAUAGCAUUCUGGGAUGUUGGAAGGUUGACGAGUGUAAACAAACCAUGAAACAAAUGGUACUGUCGCACAGAAGAAGAGGAUUUGGGCAAAAGGAAAUGUUAAACAUAAAAUCCCAAAAAGGGUGCAGAAUAUACAGGGAUACGUUAUAUAAAGACGUUGGGGACCGGUAUGUGGAUAGAAUCAUCGUUAUAAAUUGUUUUGAUCCAUAUGAAAGACUCAAGACUGGAGCACCGAUGACAUAUAGUUGCUGCUGCAGUUCUGCAUAACGGGACAUUUUCGGCUAUCUUGUUUGUGGUGUGAGCGGAUGUAAACGUCCGGAUGAGAGUUCCAUACACAUCGCUGCAGACUUGGGUGAAGUGCAGAUUAAGGGUGCAAUGGGGGCGUGGUAAACUUCUGCACUUGAGAAUUGGGACACCCUACUCACUCGCGCCCCUGGCGAGGAACGAGCAAUUGAAGGGUGCGACGGGGCAAGUCUGUUAGCUAAACACGGCUAAAGAAAACCUGCUACCACUUCAGGAUCAUCCAACAGCUGGGACUGCUUCAUCGUGUUUACUUCACCAUCUGGAUCUGGACAGCAUGGAUACAGAUGUUCACCAGGUGGUUAAAGAAGAAGCUCCUGAAGAUCAGAGUGCUGGUGUGGACCAGCAGGACCCAGAACAGUUCCAAAUAAAGGAGGAACAGGAGGAACUCUGGACCAGCCUGGAAGGAGAGCAGCUCCAUUUGAAGGAGGAGACUAAUCCUGCCAGGUUUCCAUUCACACCAGUUUCUAUAAAAAGUGAGGACAAUGAAGACAAACUUCUGUUCUCACAGCUUCUUCAUCAGCAGCAAAUAGAAGACAGAGAUGUUCCAACCAGCAGCUCAGCUGAGCAGACAACAGCAGAAACUGGUAGAGGAGCAGAAUCUAGCAGGAACCCAGUUCUGAACCCUAAUGAACAGAUAUCUGAUUCUUCAGAGACUGAAGUUAGUGAAGAUGAUGUGAAUCUAAAUGUUGAGUUAUUAGACUCUGGGCCUGAAACUGGAGAUGACAGCAAUGAGAGCAGGUCUUCUGAGUCAGAUGUUAAGACUGUCAAAAAAUCCUUUAGCUGCCCUGAGUGUGGUAAACAGUUUCUCCACAAGUGGACUCUCCAGAGACAUGUGAGAGUGACGAGUCAUUCAGCAAUAAGGUCUUCAGGCUGUUUGGUUAGUAAGAAAAAUGUUAAAAUGAAGCAACACGUGGACUCAUGCAGGAACGUCCAGAAAGAACCAAAAUCAUUUAGUUGUGACAUUUGUGGAAAAAUAUUUUGUCAUAAUAAAAGUUUAAACAGUCACAUGGGAGUCCACACAGGACAGAAACCUUUUGCAUGUGAGCUGUGUGAACAAAGAUUUAGUCAUAAGUCAACAUUAAGGACUCACUUGAGAGUUCAUUCAGGACAGAAACCUUUUGCCUGUGAACUCUGUGGGAAAAGCUUUCAUCGAAGUACAAUUUUAAACAGUCACAUGAGAGUCCACACGGGACAGAAACCUUUUACCUGUGAACUCUGUGGGAAAAGCUUUAAUCAAAAGACACAUUUAAACACUCACAUGAGAGUCCACACAGCACAGAAACCUUUUGCUUGUGAGCUGUGUGAACAAAGAUUUAGUCAUAAGACAACAUUAAACACCCACAUGAGAGUCCACACAGGACAGAAACCUUUUGUUUGUGAACUCUGUGGCAAAAGUUUUAAUCGAAGUACAAUUUUUACCACUCACAUGAGGGUCCACACAGGAGAGAAACCCUUUGCUUGUGGACUCUGUGGAAAAAGCUUUACUCAAAGGACAAGUUUAAACAAUCACACAAGACUCCACACAGGACAGAAACCUUUUGCCUGUGAACUCUGUGGGAAAAGCUUUACUCAAAGAACAAGUUUAAACAAACACACAAGAGUCCACAUAGGACCGAAACCCUUUGCCUGUGAGCUAUGUGGACAAAGAUUUACCUAUAAGAAAAGUUUAAACAGUCACAUGAGAGUCCACAAAGGACACAAAGAAUGUGUUUAAAGUGCAAGCCACACCCAAAUGAACUUUCUUUUACUGCUAAAUGAUAUCUUUUUAUAUUUUAGACAUAUAAAUGAGUGUCUAAAAAUGCUGUAGACAAGUGAGGUCAUUAUUUUGGCAUUUUAGUACAUCUCAUUUAAAAUGUAAACAUUAAAGAGCAAGUCACCCCCAAAUAAACUUUUUUUUGCUGAUAAACUAAAUAAACGAGUGUCUAAUCGUGCUGCAGACACGUGUCGUCAAUAAUUUGGCACUUCAGUGCAUCUUAGUUAAAAUUUAAAUAUUCUGCCUAAAACUGGCAGUGUUGUGCCAUUGUCAGGUAAAUACUCUGCACUGUAUUUUAAUUUAAAUCUGCCACCGCUAUUGGCUAAGAAGUAUGCUAUGAUGUAAACUGGUACAUUAUGAUGUCACAAUCCUGUCGUGAGCCUGUGUGUGUAUUUGUUAGCGGCUCCGCCCUCUCGGUCUGCCAGGCAGCAACAUGUGUUGCAUUUUUCAAACAUGAAGUGCGAGUGGAGUUAGACUCUGGUAGGGGUUGACUUGCUCUUUAAGCUUUAAACUACCAGUGUAGCACCCUCUUCAGGUUAAAGCUCUGCACUACAUUGAAUUUGAAUCAGCCAUCAUUAUUGUCAAAGAGGUAUCCUGUAUGUCAGCAGUACUGUUGGAGUAUACAGGUCCUUCUCAAAAACUUAGCAUAUUGUGAUAAAGUUCAUUAUUGUCUGUAAUGUACUUAUAAACAUUAGACAUUCAUAUAUGUAGCGUAGGCAAAUCGAUGAUUUUUAUUUGUUAAUACCAGGAAGAUGUAAUGUUCUAUAUAAAUACAAAAUAUUAACCUGC